GCUAUUUAUGGAUUUUAUAUGACCUUUUCUGUAAUAACUCAUUAUCCUAUUAUUCUAUAAUGAUGAAAAUCAAAGGUUAAAGAGGUUUUAAUGUGAUGCUGUUGCACAUCUGGACGAGCUCAUGUCCUCAGAGCAGUGGGGGUGUUUGGUUAGUCGGUUAGUCCACCCUGCUGCUCCCCCCUCCAGCAGCCCAGCAGUGGUACGCUCCGUGCUGUGGAUGCAUUCAGCUCAUUGACCGGCAGACAAUCCUCAUCAGUACCAGCAGACAGAGACAGAGAGACGGAGAGCCGGAGCUUUCCACAAAACCGGCCAUUCAUUCACACACAAAGCGAGCAGCAGCAGCAGCAGCAGCAGCAACCUGCAACCUCCUCCAGCUUCUCCACCUCCUGCAGCCUCCAGCCUCCUCCAGCUCCUCCAGCCUCCUGCAACCUCCUCCAGCCUCCUCCAGCUCCUCCAGCUCCUCCAGCCUCCAGCCUCCUCGUCAUGAAACAGACUCUAAGUGAACUGUUGAGGAUGAGCAGGAUAUGCCGGAUGAUAUUUGCCACUUGUUUGGGAUCCUUUAUUCUGGUCAUCUUUUAUUUCCAAAGUAUGUUCCAACCAGUCAUGCGGAGGAACCCUUUCGUGGUGGACGGCUGCUGUAGGAAAGGGUCUCGCAACGCCCUGCAGGAGCUCUACAACCCCACACAGCCGGAGUUGUCUGGAGCGGCCGUCCUCCACCAGACCAGGAGGGAUCAGGUCGUGGAUGCUUGUCGAGUCUACAGCGCGUCCAGCCGUAAGCGCAGAGUCCUGACGCCCGGAGACCUCAAACACCUCGUGGUGGACGAGGACCACGAGCUCAUCUACUGCUACGUCCCCAAGGUGGCCUGUACCAACUGGAAACGCGUCAUGAUGGUGCUCACAGGCCGGGGCAAAUACAGCGACCCGAUGGAAAUCCCUUCCAAUGAAGCCCACAUUCCUUCCAACCUGAAGACGCUGAACCAGUACAGCAUCGCUGAGAUCAACCACCGCCUCAAGAACUACCUCAAGUUCCUCUUCGUUCGCGAGCCCUUUGAGAGGCUUGUCUCCGCGUACCGCAACAAGUUCACCCUCAAGUACAACUCGUCCUUCCACAAGCGCUUCGGCACCCGCAUCAUCCGCCGCUACCGCAAGAACGCGACGCAGGACGCCCUUCUCAACGGCGCCGAUGUCAAAUUCAAAGAGUUCGCAGAGUACCUGGUGGACCCGGCUACGCAGCGCGACGGCCCGCUCAACGAGCACUGGCAGACCGUCUACCAGCUUUGCCACCCGUGUCACAUCCACUACGACCUGGUGGGCAAGUACGAGACGCUGGAAGAGGACGCUAACUACGUGUUGCGGCUGGUGGGCGUCGGCGACUCCUUGCGCUUCCCGAGCUACGCCAAGUCCACCCGUACCACGGAUGCCAUGACGGCACAGUUCUUCAGCAAUAUCAGCACUCAGCAGCAGAUCCAACUCUACCAGCUUUACAAGUUGGACUUCCUCAUGUUCAACUACUCCACGCCCAGCUACCUCCGGCUGGACUAACGGAGGACGGAGCUGGGUCUCUGAGAACGGCUGCCUCGUUUAAGGAGAGGCAACUAAAUGAGGGAUUUUUUUGGGAGGUAAACUUGAUUUUAAAAAAAACUGUCGUCGUAUCUUGCAGGCGUGGGGUCUGAAUUAGACAUAUAAGCAGGUGCUGAAAGAAAGGAAGGUGAUGCGUGCUUGUCUGGGCAUAAAAGGGGGGAGGAUGUCUGAUCUCCUCUGUGUGAUACAGAGGGCACUGAUUGGAUGAAUGUGGGCUAAAUGGACCAAAUGCAUGCAAAGAUUAAAAUGUGUGGGUGAAGCAGGUCUUCAAGGUGUUUUGAACUUCUCCUCAGAGGACGGACUUGAAGAGGGAUUCUCCUGAUGAUGUUCCCUACAUGUUUAAACAAACUGCUGACUAAAAUUAGGCUGCUUCCGAUUCUACAAAGCAAACAGCGGCCUCGCACGCGCCCUGACCCCCAACGCAUCGUGGGAGCUAAGCUUAUCUCCCCCCUCCCCCCUGAUCAAUAGAGAAACUCCGUCAAAUUGUAAAACAACAAUUAAUGUCCUCAUGUCAGCGCGGUGUGUUAUCACCCCUUUGCCCUCACUAGAUUCAUGCAUUUCAGGGGGGAAAACCGGCUCAUCACCGCCGCAAGGACGCCCUGUGAUAGAUGGCUACUGGCUUCACUCUUAAAGACCUUUACAACUGUAACUAUGGCGACAUGGCCUUCAGCCAAAAAGGGUUUUUAAGGAAACAAGUUGUCACCGGUCUCUAUCAUUAUGAUGUUGGCAGAAGGGAGCUCUCGUGUUACACCCUGAGGACCCCGAGAAGACGGAGACUCCUGCUGCGGCAGUAGAGUGUGGAAGUGCUUAAUAAAUCAUUGCCUGUAACACCGAGCAUCCUUAACACUUUGAGCUACAGGAACGUGGUCAGAAAGGUACAGGAUGUUCUCACGUGACUGGACGCGCCGGCUGUGAGCGACAAGUCUGCGGCGGAAGGUCUGAGCUGAAAGAAAAGAGACAGCUGGUUGUGAAAGGGUUAAAAGCUACCGGAUCUCAUAACCCCGCCUUGCCGUGGCCCACCAUGCCCCGCCCAGGGGCUCGGUGGACACGCCCAGGGACACGCCCACAAAGCCCCUGCUCAGACAACCAAACAUGUCCUUCAGUAAAUUAAGAUUAUCCUUUUGUCUCCAUGCUUUUUUGUUUUUUCUUGUUUUAUGAAGCAUUGCUGCGAGCAGCAAUAACUACAGAUUAUUUAAUUUGCUUUGUUGAUUAAAGACAGAAAGAUUGAACUGUUUUUUUCUCUGAACAUUUUUAGGAAACUUUUUUUGAAACUGUUGUUAAUGUCAUGUCAACGCUUUCUUUCUUCACAACUUGCCUCCGAUACGUUAUUAGUGCGUCGCCGCAUUUUCAUUUCUGAAGGUCGUGCGGAUCAUUUCCGCUGGCUUUGUCCUUCUGUGUCUGACCUCGUCAGAGAUUUAUGAGUUAUUUUCUGUUUCCUGUUGUCAAACAAUUGGUGCCAAAAAUGUCUGCGAGAGCCUCAGAGAUCCCCACUCAGUGUUCAGGACACAUAACUGCCGCUAAGACACCCCCCCACCCCCAACCAGAACAUGAGAACGAGCUGCUACUCUCAGUGUACAUAUCAACAAUCUACUGCCCACAUCACACAAUCAGAGACUCUAUCUCACACUGUAAUGUGAUUAAUGCUGAGCCAUGUCAAGGUUAAUAACUGCACUCUCCAUCACGCUGUGAAUUGGAUUACAGGCUCAUGUGUAAGUAUUAUACAGGAAGGAGAGAGAGAGAGAGAGAGAGAGAGAGAGAGAGAGAGAUGGAGAGAGAGAGAGAGAGAGAGAGAGAUGGAGACGGAGAGAGAGAGGGAGAGAGAGACGGAGAGAGAGUCAUUUUGUUUUUUACACCUCUUUGUAAAUUAUGAACCACUCCGGCUUCAAAGUGAAAGAGAUCUUUUUUUUUGUUGUAAAAGCUGCAUCUCUUUGUUGCACCUGACAGAACCAGUAAUAAUAUUGUUUGUAUGCCAUCUGUUGCAGACUGCAUAAGAAAAUAGAUGGAAAACAGAGUUUUAUAGAGUUUUAGAGUUUUAUUUAUGUAGUUUGGUUCAUCAUUCCUGCCGGUACUGGUAAUAUUUCACUCACCAGAUUCAGUGUAGAGAGGAUGCAGAGCAGGUUCGUGCCUUUGUAUUAGGGAUGAACCGACACCGAUACCAGCAUCGGGUCCGAUACUGUGUUCAUGUACUUGUACUCGCAAAACGGCUCCGAUACAACGGCACCGAUCCCACUUUACGGUGG